AUGGAGGUCCUUAGCGGCACGUUCGGCGAUCCAAUGAGCGGCAUUCGCAACGCGGCUGAGGCCCGAGCGGAGAUUGCGCGAAGAGUCGUUUCUAACUUGCGAUCCAGCGCACAUCCCAAUCUUUUCGCAGAAUCUAACGAAUUUUCCGACGUAGGAGAAUUCGCCGACCAGGCAAACUGGAUCGACUCGGGUCGCUUCGACGAAAAGCUUCCACCGGAGGGGGUCGGCCAUGCGGAAUGUCUGGAGAGCGGCGCGCCGCUGAGGCGAGGCAAGUCGCUGGGAGCGCCGAAGCAGAGCUGCCACGCGGUCAGCGGCGAUACGCUGUCACCCAUGUCCCCGCGCCUUAUUUCCGAAGCCAACGUAUGGGAGGAUUUCUGGCAUGUUGGGAGUGUUGCCGGCGCCGGGGAAGACCUAACGCUUGUAGCGCGCGGGGGUGGCGCGCGGGAAGAGCUAGCACGGGUGGCGCGCAAGGUCGUGGCUUCCGCCACUGCCGCUUCUCCGCGCUCUCGCCGUGACUCCCCGCCGAGCGCGGCGGAGAACUCGGCGGAGCGGGUCGAGGGCGAAUCAGACCUGUACGGCGUGGAUGCAUCGGCCAGGACUGAUAACCUUUACGGUAGGCGUGGUGAUAGCGAGGAGUGUUUUAUCGGGGAUGAAGAUUCUCCCCAUUAUGUGGGAACAGGAGAGUGGAAAGCAGACGGGCCGGGAUUUUCGACGGGGGAGGAGGAGAAUGUGAGAGGCGGCGGUUACGGUGGCGAGGAGGGUAGUGAGAGCGGCGGAGUGGCGGAAGGCGAGGGGGAUUUGUACGGUGACGAAGAGGAGGGCGCGGAGGAUGCGGAGGACGCGGAGCAGAAUGACGAGGCGGAUAUUAACGAGGAUAUGUAUGGCGGUGGCGGCAGCGACGGGGAGGGGGGAUUGAGCGCGGCGGAGCGGGGAGAGGGGGGCCUGCGCGGAGGCGAGGGGAGUGGGGCGGGGGAAGGAGUAGGCGGGGAAGAAGAGGGCGAGGGGGAGGAUUUGUACGGCGAGUGCGGCGAUAGUGACGCGGGCGAGGGGGAGGAGCAGGUGUGGGGGGACGACUGGGGCGGUGACGCGGGCGACGAGCGGAGAUUAAAUGAGGGGGAUGAGGAGGAGCGCGAAGAGGGAGGGGAGGACGGGGGAGGGUUGGGCGGAGAUGGGGAUGCGUAUGGGGGGUGGGAGGGGGAAAUGCACAUGCACAUGCAGCAGUGCGAGUGGGAGGCAGAGGAAGGAAGGGUGUGGGAGGAGGUGGGCGCGGGAAGUGAGAGGGAGAGGGGCCAGGGGGAGCGGGAGGCGGGGGAGGAGGAGGAGGAGGAGGAGGAGGAGGAGGAGCAGGAAGGAGGGGGGGAAGCAGGGAGUGCAGGGGAUGGGAGUGCGCUGGUGGUUUCACCUCCACGCUCCCUAGAGUCGUGUGCGGAGGAGACCCCCUGUUUGAGCACGCUCUAUCAGCAGCUGUGCCACGUGGGAGAGCGCGCAGCAGAGGAGUACCCUGGCUCUGAGGAUCUGUACGACGCCACGUCAGCACACGGCGGUGACACGGCAGAAUUGGACGAGGGGGCAGCGGGCAGAGAAGGCACGGCGGCAGCAGAGGGCAGCCACAGAGUGGGGCGCCAUAGCGGCCUGCCCCAUCCUAGCUUGUCCCAUCCUACCCUCCCGCAUGCUGCCGCCCCGCCGCAUGCCGCCCUGCCACAUGCCGCCCUGUCGCACGCCGUCCUGCAGGGCUUCCGGCAGCGGGUGCGCCUCUCAUUGGACGUGGAGGUCGAUGCUGACUCAUCCUACCUCGCUGAUGACGUAAGCGGUGACGACUUCGACUUACCUAGCGAGGAUGCUAGUAGCGAGGUGCAGGGCAGCGAGGGGGGCGUGCCGGGCGGGGCAGCAGCAGUGGCGCGUUAUCUGGUGGCGUGCGCUCGUGACGGCGCUGAUGGAGGCGAUGAUAUCAAUGGGGGCGACAGAACCAUGAGAGGCAUAGUGGAGGGUCACAGUGAGUGUGGCAGUCCUGCACUGCACCCCGCAUUCGAUGGCGCUGGCUCUGGCUUUGAUAAUGCUGCUGCUGGUGCUGGUGCUGGCGGUGGUGCAUGUGACAUCUACGUGCAUGUGCAGCGCACACAGGGGAGCGAGUGCGAGUCCGGGGAGGAGCUAUUGAGCCACACGCUCAGCGGCAGCAGGGGCAGCAGCGCUGGAGAGGAGGCGCAUACUGCAGGGGUGGGUGCAGCAGGGGUGCGCAUGGCGCUGCAUGGAGACGGGGCGAGUGGCUUGGCAGGGCUUGGUGGUGUGGCGAGUGGCACGUGGCAUGUGGGGCGGAGCCCACUGGGAGGAGCAGGCCGGCAGCAGGGCGAGGCGGUGGGAGUGGGUUUCACUGACCCAGUGCAGAGCGUGGGAGUGGGUUUCAACGACCCGGCACAGGGCGUGGGAGUGAGGCAGUAUGACGGUGCUGCCUUGCACUCCCAUGGCACGCAGAUAGGGCAGCAUGCUUGGCAGCACAACUGGCAGCACGAACCGCAGCAGCAGUGGCAGCAGCAGCAGCAGCAGCAGCAGCAGCAGCAGCAGCAGCAGCAGCAGCAGCAGUGGCAGCAGCAACAGCAGCAGCAACAGCAACAACAGCAGCUGCAACAGCAGCAGUGGCACCAGCAACAUCAGCAGUGGCAGCAGCAAGCAGAGAUCCAGCAGCAGCAGAAGCAGGCAGCACAAGUGUCGGUGUCUCCCACAUCUCGACUGGCCCGAGCACUCUCCAUGCAGCCUGCUGCCUCCUCUGCUGCCUCUUCCUCUGCUGCUGCUGCGGCUGCUGCCGCUGGGGCACUGAAUGGAUCUGCACCACAAGCCCAGCACUUCCCCCGCAACUCCCCCACCAGCGCGUUUGCAAGCACCGGGGCAGCAGCAGCUCGUCUGGCCCGCACAACCUCAAUGCAGCCUGCUGCCUCCUCGACUGCUGCUACUGCUGUUGCUGGGGCACUGAAUGCCACCCCUCCACAAGCCCAGUACUUUCCCAAAAACUCUCCUACUGGUGCGUUCACACAUGCUGCAAUCACCGGGGCAGCAGCAGCAACUCGACUGGCCCGCACCACCUCCAUGCAGCCUGCCGCCUCCUCGGCUGCUGUUGCUGCUGGGGCACUAAAAGCAGCUGCAACGCAAACUCAAUACCUUCCUGGAAACUCCCCAACCGGUGCGUUCACACAUGCUGGAGGCACGGGGCCAGCAGCAGCAGCUCGUCUAGCCCGCACAGCCUCCAUGCAGCCUGCUGCCUCCCCCUACCCCGCUGCUGCUGCUACUGCCACCUCUCCGUAUUCCACUGCUGCUGCUGCUGCUGCUGCUGCUGCUGCUGCUGCUGGUGGUUCUCCCUUUUCAGCUGCAACUAUUGCAGCGGGGGCAGUGCAGGGCGGUGCAGCCCUCGGCAAGCAAGUGCCUGGCAAUUCACCCACCGGGGUCUUUGCUCGUUCAGUGAGCAUGGGGGCAGCAACGCAAGCGGUGCCGGCAGCAGGCAGGGGUGGGGGUCAGGCCAUGCGGGGUCUGCAGGUGGAGCUGCCGAGGAAUGUGGGUAAAGGUGGCGGCAGGAACGCGAGCAGCACCAAAACCACAGGUGGCACUGGCAAGAAGGCGAGCGGUAAUUUGGCAGGUGCUGGUGGUGCUGGUGGUGGUGCAGAGACAGGGAGCAAGGCUGCACUGAGCAAGUCCCCCUCUCGUGCUCGCCUGGCCUCGUCCCUCUCCCCGCCCUCUCGCCGCAUGAAUGAGCUUCUCUCCUCCUCCACCCUGCCCCGGGUCCCGGUAAAGACACCCAAGGGUGAGAAGGGGGGUGGCAGUGGGAGUGGUGAGGGUGGGAUUGGUCAGGGUGGGGGUGGCAGGGGCAAGGGUGGGGGAGGGGAAGGUGGUGGUGGGGUAGGCUACACCACAGGAAGGUUGCUGCAGGCAGAGCAACAGAGGAAGCGGCAGCAGCGGCAGCAGAAGGUGCAGCAGCUGCUAGGGAAGGACAGUCCAAACAAUGCCACCCGAGCCAACUCCAACAACGCUGGAGCAAGCAGCACUGCCGCCAUUCCUGCCGGCAACAGCAGCAGCACUGCUGCGUACACUCGCUCUGCUUCUCUCGCUCGCAGCACCUCCAAGCUCAUGCGAACAGCCUCUGCAGUGGGCGCACAGGAGAAGGCCGGGAAGAGUGGUGCCAGUGGUGGUGGUGGUGGUGAAGGGGCAGGAAGAGGAGGGGCUGCAGCAGCACUUGCCAGGAGUAACAGCACUGUCGCUGCAGCAGCACUUGCCAGAAGUAGCAGCACUGUCGCUGCAGUGGCAGCAGGAGCGGCAGCAGCAGGGGUGGAGGCAGGUGCAUCGAGAGCAGGGCUGCAGCGCACCAAGAGUGGUAACAAACUCAAGGCGGCAGUGGGGAAAAGCAUCGCUGCCAAGUCCCCUGUGCUGCCUGCAAGGGCAGCACAAAGGGUGUAUGUCGGCAAGUAG